AAAAAACGCCCGGGUGGCGCUGAGAAGCAUCGGGAAAAAAAGCUGAAGUCUCUGGAGGUGGAGGCUGCUACAUGUGCCAAACUGACGGACCUAUUUGGUGCCGGGUUCACCAGCCCAGCAGCAGCAGGUGCGCCGGGAGACGAGCGAGGAGGACUCGACAAUGAUGAGCGAGUGGAGGCAGACAUGACAUUAUAAUGUAUCCAUGUCCUUCUCCGGUUGACCACUUGACAUGUGAGCGCCUGAGGAGUUGUUCCCCCUCUGUCCAUGUUCGAUGACUUGCUCUCUGUCUGCCUCCACUCUCUGCCUUCACUGUACCAAAGUUUGUCUGUUGAGUCUCCUCUAGUCUGCAAGAUAACGUGCAACCAGCAUCAGCACCGGCCCAAACAGCCCCUUCCAAACAGGCAGGUUGAGAACAUCCACUGCUUGUAUGGCGACAUAAUUCUGAAGACCCAAGCCUCCCCUGUGUUUACGGAUGACGAUGUCACCUUGUGUUAUCAGCAUCAGAGCGGCAAACACAAACAAACCAGCUUCUUUAAAAACGGAGCAUUGAUUGACUCUAACAGUUCGUCCGGUUCAGACCGAGUCAUAAAGAUGACUCUUAAGAAUGUGACACGGGAAGAUGAAGGCUUCUACAGGAAACUUCACAUCAGAGGAGACUCCAGCCUCCACUGGUUCCUGGAAAUGGAUCAUUGCUUCAUGUGGGGUUCUACUUCUGAUCGUCAUUCCUUUGACUGUUUGGCUCGUUUGUCACUACAGGUACCAGAAGUUCUGCACUUGGAGCUGCUGGCCUGUUUCCAAACAGGAAGUUCCAGCAGGGGUGCUUCCUGCCACCAAGUUGGAUGUGACGGAGGUGCAGUGGGACCUGUCGUGGAUGGAGAUGUCCAACCUGUUGGAAAAGGAUUCUUAUUGUGGCACUUAAAGGGAAACUCUCUUCUGAAGCCCAGAGACUUAACUAUUGGGUCAAACCUAUGAGAAAGCUCAGUCAGUGCUGCAAUUUGUAGUAUUUGAUGGUCACAUGUCAAAAUAGUGCUACCUGAUAUAUUUUUGAAUUGAAUUAAAUGAGAUGUUUAGGAUUUAUAAGG